CUUUACCUUUACGUUCCUGUAAUCCGCCCCUACCCCUUUACUUUAUUCAGCAAUUAGCUCAACCCCUUUUCUCAUCUUGCAAUCCAUCACAUGCCUAUUCUUAUUUAUAAUAAAUCAUCAUGAUUUCACUUUCCCCAUUGCCCUCUUUGUAGAUCAGAAGUUUAAUCAAGAAUAGUUGAUUUUAAAGAGGGGUUUUGAGUUUUUGAUCUUCUCGAGUCAAAGAUGGAGCCUAUGGAUAUUGUUGGCGUCUCCUCUUUUUGCCAGACACAGUAGAUUCCAUCUCUAUCUUCGUCUUCCUCUUUCCUUUCUUUUCAGCAACUCUAAUCAAUAACAAAGGUGGAUGAUGAUGAUUGUUAUUUGUAUCUGCUUGCCGCCGCCGUCGUCCUCCUCCUCGAGCAACCAGUUGACGGCGGAGAAACCAUGGCAGCUCCGGAAGCUCCUCUCUGUUAUGUCGGCGUGGCCCGAAAGUCCGCCGCUUUCCGCCUGAUGAAACAAAUGGGAUGGGAAGAAGGUGAAGGGCUUGGGAAGGAGAAACAAGGGAUUAAAGGCUAAGAGAUUGUACGGAUGGGAAGAAGGUGAAGGGCUUGAGAAGGAGAAACAAGGGAUUAAAGGUCAUGUUAGGGUUUCCAACAAACAAGACACUAUUGUUAAGAUUAUUAAUUUCUAAUUAAUCUAUGUUUUAUUGUUAAAUGAUUGUUUUAUGUUUUAGGCUAAGAGAACUGUUAGUACUUUGAUCUUAAGGUAAAGAGAAUGUUACCCAACUAUUCAUCAAAUAACCCAGUCGGGAUAUGGAACUUUUCUUUUGUGUACGGUCUUGAUAUGUUCGAGGCAAAAGUUCGUGGUGAAUUCGGCAUCGGAUUGAAUAUUCAGAUUUUGGAUGAUGUUAAGUUGAAUGUAUUUAUCUUACAUGAAUUUGGUCAAGAUAGAGAUAGUUAACGUUCCACCACAUUUGGUGUAUGCAUGUUCGAAAGCGAGUCGGAUCGACAAAUAUAAUACAUUUUCAUUUGAUGGCGACAUAAUUUUUUUUUUCAAAAAUGAGUCGUGUCAAAUAUAUCGUAUAAUUCCGAGUUACUAUAACUUUUGACGCCGCCGCAACGCGCGGCGGGUCAAAAUCCUAGUAAACUAAUAAAAAUUAAUUCGAGUCGAACCGAGCCGAGCGAACAUUUGCUCAUGCUUGACUCGUUUGCUAACCGAACCAAACCGAGCAAGCAUAUUCUAAGCGUUUUCCGAACGAUCGGUGAACGAGCGAUUAGCGAUUUGAACAACCAACGUUACAUUGGGUGAAAAGCGAUUCGGUCAAAAGUCAAAACUUUCCCAAACCCACUUUCAAGAUCGCAGCAACCAACACAUUAUUUGUUGAUUGUUAAUUAGUUGGUGUGCUGCUCACCAAAUCAUUCCCUAAAUCUCACCCAUUUCAAUCCCCUUAACAUCCGUUGUUCAAUCUCCAGCAAAAAUCUCAUCGAAAUCAUGGGAAACACAUCCUCAAUGCUCACUCAAUACGACAUCGAAGAAGUUCAAGAACACUGCAACAACACCAUUUCGCAACAAGAGAUCGUUUCCUUGUACCAACGCUUCUGUCAGUUGGAUCGUAAUAGUGGCGGCUUCAUCUCUGCCGACGAGUUUCUUUCCGUACCCGAAUUCGCCGUCAAUCCCCUCUCUCAGAGAUUGUUUAGGAUGAUUGAUGGGUUGAAUUUCAAGGAAUUCGUGGCAUUUUUGUCUGCGUUUAGUUCGCGUGCCACCUUACAACAUAAAGUGGAAUAUAUAUUUAAGGUUUAUGAUUCUGAUGGAAAUGGGAAAGUUUCAUUUUCGGAUUUGUUGGAUGUUUUACGCGAUUUGACCGGUCAAUUCAUUUCUGAACAGCAAAGGGAGCUUGUUCUAACCCAAGUUCUCGAGGAAGCUGGUUACAAGAAAGAUUCUACAUUAGUUCUAUCCGACUUCAUGAAGAUUCUUGGCAACUCUGGCUUGAAGAUGGAAGUUGAGAUUCCCGUCGACUAGAUGGAGAUGUAUGGUUUUAUUUAUCAAUAGGGCGUUUAGCUGCUUGUAUUUGACACUUGUUGUAAGGCGAAAUAAUUUAAGUUCCUUUUCAUCAUCUAUACAACAAAAACUGAAGCAGUAGAUUUUAAGGAAGGUUGACCCGUCGCCUGAAGCCGUAGUGUUUUUUAUUUAUUUUAUUUUAAUUUUUUUUCCAUUCUUUUCCAACAUCGGUCGGUGUAUUGUAAAGUUUUCAGGUAAACUAUAUAAGAAUGGUUUGAACUGCAAGUAUGCUACGUUAAA